AUGUCCGAUCAACAACCACAACCACAACCUCUCACCUGGGUCGUCACCGGCUGCUCCUCCGGCAUUGGUGAGGCCUUGGUUCGCGCGAUCUUGGACAAGGGCGACCAAGUCAUCGCGACUGCCCGCCCACGCGACGGUGCCAGCGGUGGAGACCGUCUCUCGGCUCUGAAAGACGCGGGCGCUGCUGUGUUGGAGCUAGAUGUAAGCAGCUCGCAAGAAGAACUCGACACUAAGGCCCGCGAGAUCUGGGAAAUAUUUGGCAAAGUGGAUGUGUUGGUCAACAACGCAGGAUAUAUCGAUGCAGGAAUUUUCGAAGAAAUCACGUUUGUCCCGCCUACUUUAUUAACCUCUUCUAGCGAGUCGUUUCUCAUCAACGCCAUUCGCACCAAUGCCUUGGGUCCCCUCAACCUGACCCGCGCCUUUCUUCCUCUGAUGCGCGCCCGGCAAUCCGGAACCGUGCUCUUCUCCAGCACCGUAGGAGUCUACUACGGUGCGCCGGGGGCUUCGAGCUACACGGGUGGCAAGGGUCUGCUGGAGACCGUCGUCCCCAACCUGGCCCUCGAGCUGGCGCCCUUUGGCAUCCGAACAUCGCUCCUCACCUACGGCUACUUUCGCACGGAGGUUAUGGCGCCCGGCAACAUUCAUUACCGGGCCCCCCGCCAGCUGCCGGAGUAUGCGGAAAUGAACCGUCUGGUGGCGGCUGGUUGCGCGGCCUCGAACCACAAUCAGUCGGGCGAUCCUGCGAAGGCAGCUGCAGUGGUUGUUGAGGCGGUUAAGGGGACAGGUCGAUGGCGGGGCAAGCAAUUGCCUUUGAGGUUGCCUAUUGGGAAGGAUGCUAUCAGUGCCAUCCGCAAGGCCUGUGAGCAGAGGUUGGCGAUCUGUGCGGAGCUGGAGGGGAUCGUGGAUCAGACUGAUUUUUAG